AUGCUAUUAAGCCAUUUCAUCCAAUCUGGAUAUUCGUUCAUUGGACGAAGUCUUCUUGGGCGUCCCUCGUUGGCUAGGGACUCUUACAGCGAUAGUGCAUACAAACGCCUUGCGAGAACUUGCUCUUAA